AUGCCAGACAAGCACCGUCGUCGCCGGCGCCAACCCGUUUGGUCACCAGAGACUCGUCCCAUCUCGAUUCGAAUGUUCACCCGCCAAACGACGCGUCGCUUCUUCCAGAUGGAUGCGACUGGCACACCAUCCGAUGCCGACAAAUUCGCCAGAAUGGUCGACGAGCAAGUCCAGGAUCAUCCCCGAGACCCCUUGGUCAUCGCCAUCAACGGCUACGAGGCAUGGCUCGGCGACAUCCUCCGCCCGUGUAUCAAUGAUUACUGGAAUGAAAUCUCCGAAUUAGACCGAGAGGUACAAUUCGCGAAUACGAUGCAGUUUCCCAGCAGGCGUGGCCACAAGAGCGGCCAGUACUGGCCCUUCAUACUGGAGCACCUGAACGUGCCGCAAGUUUACUACUGGUCAGUCGGUAUGGAUCCGCCAGGAUGGGAAGCAGAAGGGCUGCCGAGCAUCGAGAAGUUUCGAUUCCGUACUGGUGUCUGGAUGAGCGGCCAUGGGGCCUGUCGAUACAACGAUCACAUUCCCGUCGUUAUCAUCUUUACGCGGCCGACCGAGCUUGCGGAGCAUAUUGUUAAGGAAUUGCUGUUUGACUAUUUGCAUAGGGACGAAGAUCUCGACCAGCCGCGCGAGGACGAGGAGGGGAUUUGCUGGACAUUCUCCCGUUUGUACAACCUGCUCAGCGAUUGGCAGAAUAUUGUCGGCGAGAUCAUGACCCGUCUGGAGGCGACAGAGAACAACAGUAAACGCCGACAUCUACCGGUCAAGAUUCGAACAAGACAAAUGCACAACGAGAUUGCGCUCCUGUAUAAUCUCAAGGAAUACCUCCACUUCCAUACUCGAGCUUUCAAGAAGCUUCAAAAGCUUAAGCAGAAUGUUCCGCCCGGUGAACAGAAGGACUUGCUUUGGGACGACAUGGAUGAUGCCGUUGAAGAUCUCGCUCAAUUCGAUACAACUCUUGACGGCAUGAAAGAUCGUGAGUGGAUACUUUUUGUCAAAGUCCGUCUCAGAAGCUCUGAUGAGGCUGACCUCCUCAGGUUUUAA